AUGAUAAAUAAUCGUCGUGUACGUUAUGUGUGCGAACGUCAUCACUUUUUGGUUUUUCUUUCUUUCUUUCUUUUCAUAUCUUUUCUUUUAUUCCUUUCUUUCUUUCUUUCUUUCUAUCUUUCUAUCUUUCUUUCUUCUCUGUCUUUCUUUUCUUUCACUCUUUCUUUAUUUACAUUUCCUUUCUAUCUUUUCAUUCUUUCUUUCUUUCUUUCUUUCUUACUUUCUUUCUUACUUUCUUUCUUUCUUUCUUUCUUUCUUUUUUCCCGCUCUUUUUCUUUCAUUAUUUCUUUCUUUUCAUUUCCUGUCUUACGUACGACAUUCUUUCUUUGUUUCGUUCUUUCUUUCUUUCUUUCUUUCUUUCUUUCUUUCUUUCUUUCUUUCUUUCUUUCUUUCUUUCUUUCUUUCUUCUCUCUCUUUCUUUUAUUUCACUCUUUCUUUAUUUACAUUUCCUUUCUAUCUUUUUCUUUCUUUUCUUUCUUACUUUCUUUCUUACUUUUUCUUCCUUUCUUCUUUUCUUUCAUUAUUUCUUUUUUUUCAUUUCUUUGUCUUUCAUUAUUUCUUUUUUCAUUUCUUUCGUACGACAUUUCUUUCUUUCUUUCUUUCUUUCUUUCUUUCUUUCUUUCUUUCUUUCUUUCUUCUCUCUCUUUCUUUUCUUUCAUUCUUUCUUUAUUUACAUUUUCUUUUCUAUUUUUUCAUUCUUUCUUUUUUCCCGCUCUUUUUCUUUCAUUAUUUCUUUCUUUUCAUUUCCUGUCUUACGUACGACAUUCUUUCUUUCUUUCUUUCUUUCUUUCUUUCUUUCUUUCUUUCUUUCUUUCUUUUCUUUCAUUCUUUCUUUAUUUACAUUUCCUUUCUUUCAUGUUACAUUUUCUUUCCUUCGUACUACUAGAUUUCUUUCUUUCUUUCCUUUCUUUCUUUCUUUCUUUUCAUUUCCAGCCUUUCGUACGUCAUUUUUCUUUCUUUCUUUCUUUCUUUCUUUCUUUCUUUCUUUCUUUUCCUCUAUUCGUAUCAUUUCUGUCUUUCUUCCUUUUCUUUUCGAAUUAA